UCCAUCACAGGACUUUAAUAACCCGGCGCUCCUCUCCGGUUUUUCGUUGAUUUGUUGAGGUUUUUCUCCCGCUGGUACCCUACCAUUCUCACAUCACUCAACCUAUUCAAUUACACCAAAAUGUUUCCAGAAUACGUCUGCAAUUUACUCGCUACACUGCGCUUCCCGCCCUGGACAGAAGAAUUAAACUGGGGCCUUCACAUGACGAUGAAAGGGGAGGAACGCAUUCCCUUUCACUCCUAUGUCCAGCCUAGCACCGCUUCAACCUGCUUCCCUGGCCAAAUCUCCUCGAUGCCGCAAUUCAGCACACUUCCAGUCGAGCUUCAGCUCCGUAUUCUCUCGUUUUGCUCCGCUUGCACCCUCUUCCAGCUCAUGCGCGUGUCAUCGAACCUCCGCAUUGAAGCAUCCAAGCUCUAUUGGACGAAUCCAGAUGCGUAUUUCCUUGUUGAUGCGUACUGGCUCCUGAACGGGGGUCACUCUGGCUAUACAGGCUGCGAUUUACCUUUUCUAUCGCACGUACAAAAUGUGGAAAUCGAGUACCACCAUGGACGGGAAGAUGAGAUAUGCCCACUGCACGAUGGGGUCAUGGAAGUCCGACAGGAGCUAAUAACAAGAUUUUGGAAGAGUUUAGAGAAGCGGUUUCCAAAUGCAAAGAGGGUAGUCAUCAAUCAGAACUGGGUAUCUCCACCGUGGAGAAAUGGGACUGAGCCUGUCCCGCAAGCACUACAAAUUCUUAUACAAUCUUGUCCUCUCGAGAUCGAAGCCUUUGCUUUCAUCGUCGAGGAGGAAAACCCUACCAUUGACACCAGCACUUCAGUCCCGUCCAUGACAAAAUGGCAACGGUCGCUAUAUCGACGCUCAGCAGGCGAUAUAUGGACAAAGAUUGGAACAGGUUGGCGUCACAAGACGAUCCUCAUGCCAAUGAAGCAUUUCCACGGACCGGUUGGUAGAUUCGAAAUGCUCAAGCAUAAGGGUGAAAGAGUCUUACUACAACAACACAGUCUCUGGGCCCUUAGUCUUGAAGCCCUAGACCGGCAUCAUUUCGAUAACGAGAAACACAAGUCCUUCUCCUGCCCAUACUCUGAGUGUGACGCGUACUUUGAGAAAGCUGGGGAGUGGACAGUACAUGCAACAGAGUCGCAUAUCAAAGAUUGGAGGAUGGGAAACCGGUUUUGUAUCUUGCCUGAUGAAUUAAGAGUUGUUUUUGAGGAACGGGAGAGGGCCUUGGAAGACAACAAGGAAGAGAUAAAUAUGCAGUUGCGGAAAACAAUUGAUGAGUGGAAUGAGGAAGGGGGCGAGAAGCGGAGACAAAUGGAGCGCGAGUGGAUGAAGCAGUUGGAGAAUGAUGAGGCAUGGAACACGGGGAAGACAGCGAGGGAGAGUGGGCUUUGGAAAGAGUUUUUGCUGCAGAUGGAAUCAGCGCAACAUAGAACAAAUGGGUACAAGUUAAUGCUAAGCUUGCUUUCUCUGCCUUACGGUCCAAUGUGGAAAAUAUUGGUUCUUAUCUAUAGAACUCGGGAUCACGCUAUCAGCCCGCUCCAAGCGCAACUUUCCUCUCCUUCCCUCCUCCUCCUCCUCCCCACCACCACCAGAGCCUCCCUCCCCUUGUUAAACACCACAGCCCUAUUACAAAUCCCCAUCACAACCCAGGCACUUCAAAGUCGCAUCGUCAUUACAAAUUAUACACCACGUUUCGAUGUCUUUGUCGGAGUACUGUUGGAUGUUGGAUUUUGUGAUUUUGGGGAGUUUGUGGAGGGGGAGGGGUUGGAGAGCGAGGCGAAAAGGGCAACGAGGGUGUCUUCGAGGGCUUGGGUUUUGUCUAGGUCGUCUUUUGGGAGGGUUUAUGAUGCAGAGGGGAGUAUUGUUGAUGGGGCUUUAUUGGAGUUUGUGUCGUCCUGUGUCGAGGUUGGAGGCUCAUUCGCGUUUUCUUCGCCGGAAUUCGAGUCGGGAUUGCCGUAUUUCCUGACGAUGUCAGGCUCUGCCAUGACGCGAGCUAUAACAUCAUCCACCUCUUUGUCUUCAGUUUUCUUCUUCUCCUUCUGGUCUCUUUCCUCGCCGAAGUCGAACUACAACUUCGGGAGGGAAUUUAUCUUCAGUCUGCUCAUUCUGUUCUUGCUCGCCCUUGCCAUCUCAUCCCUCCUCCUGUUGCUCCUCUCUCCCCACCCUCGCUAUAGCAUCCUCCGCCGCCCGUUCUUCUUCAAUUUGCUUGACCGCAUUCUUUGCCUCCUUUUCAUUUUGACUCCGUUCAUGGGUAGAGUCGGUAAGGCAAAUCUCACCCAAGGCGGUCUCCACUUCAGCCAGCUCGAUAUAGGUAUGGCGGAUAGAGUUGACAUGGUUAUAUAUGCAUACAGAGUGGCCAUGCUAACUGCUGAAUUGAAAGUGGCUUUGCAGCUUUGA